UGCCGUGUGGGUGUCGCGCACGUGGAAGGAUGAGGUCGGUGACAAACAAGCCAGAUACGUUUCCUGCCACGCCUACAGAGCGAGCAGACAGGAAGUGAAGAGCGAGACGUUGGUAGGCGCGACACAACGUUUUCGGCGAGGCGAGAGAGGGAGAGCGACGCGUCGUCGGGAGACACAGGUGACUUUUCAUCCCAAUCGUUUGUGAGGGCGCCUGGUGGUAUUCACGACAUAAACUUCCUGCCGCAUGCCCAGGUGACACAGGAGUGGACCAUGGCUAACCAGACAGCAGGCAAGUGCCAGCUCCCUCCGGCGGAGUACCAGCUCUACUUGUUCCCGGUUGUCUACACCGUGGCGCUCCUCUUCGGUCUCCCGGGCAACCUGGCGGCGCUCUACGUGUUCGCCAUCCGGAUGAGCCCGCGCACGGCCUUCAGCGUCUACAUCAGCAGCCUGGCGCUGGCCGACGUGGUCAUCCUGUGCACGCUGCCCUUCCGCAUCCACUACCACCUGCGCGGCAACGACUGGGUGUUCGGGGACGUGGCGUGCCGCGUGACGGGGGUGCUCUUCUACGCCAACAUCUACCUGAGCAUCUGCUUCAUGACCUGCAUCUGCGUGGACCGCUACAUGGCCACGGUGCACCCGCACGUGCGGCUGAGGAGCGCCCGGUGCUCGCUGCUGGCCAGCGCCGCCCUGUGGGGGGUGGCGGCGGUGGCCGUGCUGGUCUUCAUCCUCAUGGGACCCCUGCAGACCGAGGCCAACGAAUCGGGCGGCCACAGCUGCUUCGAGAACUUCGCGGCGCAGGAGUGGAGCUCCCGUCUGGCGGCCUUCAGCCUCCUGGGCCUGAUCUUCUGCUCGCUGCUGCCGUCCGCCAUCAUCCUGGUGUGCUACCCGCUGGCCGCCAGGCGCAUCUCCAGGAUCCGCACCAGGACGGCCCGCCGGGCCCUGAGGGUCAUCUACACCAUCCUGGCCAUCACGCUCCUCUGCUUCCUGCCCAGCCACGUGGUCUACCUGCUGCACCUGCUGCGCCGCAUGGAGGUCAUCCAGAGGUGCGCCUCAGCCAACGCCAUCUACGCCGCCAGGAGGGUCACCACCGCCCUCGUCAUCCUCAACACCUGCCUGGACCCCCUGCUCUACUAUGUCACCACCAGCCACUGCACUUGGAGGCGCCUCAGGAGGACUUGGGUGCUGAAGCGACUAAGGCGGCGGCAGCGUGGCGUUUACGCCAUAACGGUGCCAUGACUCAGCUGUAAUCCAUCGACCUAUGACCUCACAUAUGGACGAAAAUCCCCCACCAACAACUUUUUUUAGUCCUCGAUUUUCUACAAACUGUGGUAUGCAUGCUCCCCCUAGUGGUACGCCAAAAAAAUCUCUUGAUUCAAGUACAGUGUUUUAUUUUCCCAUACUCAUACACAGUGUUACUGUUCAAACUGCGUGCCUAAAAAACGGAAAUAGACUUGUUAAAUAAAAAACUUUUGUAAGUAAAAGAAAAACAUUAAAGUUGUAGUAUGGAAAAAAAAAUUCUUAUUACACAAUUAAAGGUGUAAAACGAGUAAGACAAUUUAAUUUAAUGAAGAUUAAAGUCGUGACCUACCGGUAAAUAAAAAGUUAAAUAUUUACAAGAAUAAAAUAGCAAUUUUACAAAAUACUGUAAAUUGUACAAGACUGAAGUCAUAAAAUUAUCAGUUAAAUUUUUUUGAGGAUAAUGAGUUGCAACAUAAAAGAGUUAAGUCAAACUGUCUUGUUGAUGUAGUUUAGAGAGACAAAUUGUUGGUUAAUUUUCAUUAAAAAAGUGUUUAUUAUUGUUAUUAGUACACACUUUGUACAACAAAUCCCUAUUGAGUGCGGACGUGACCAGCAAUUAUCCCACUUUUCAACUUUAGUCAGGUGAUCGCAGUACGUUCUGCAGUGUGAAGGUGUACAAAUAAACUAAUACUGUGUUUCUGCCGACUCUCCCUGUCCUUGCGCGUCAUUCAGAUUCUGCCUAGCAACACGUGGCUAUUGGGAGCCUACCCAAUUUGUCCCGUUUUCCGUCGUUUUGCGAAUUCAGAGUCCGGACGGAAGGCCUUUUUUCAGCAGAGUGGACAGGAAGCUGCCGAGGUCUUCAUCCUUUGAAAGUUAAGAAGAGAGAAGGCCCACUUAUGGAGUUACGUAUUUUACUUGCAUGUGCGGCCGAGCCAUGUACCGACAGACAUGAAGAACGGGGGUCCUACCUGGUAGCUCCAGGACAGCAGGAUGAUCUUGGUGUUGACGUCGUCGGCGGACGACGACACUUUGAUGACGAUGGAGUCCACCAUGACGGUGCCAUCGGGGAGGUGCUGGACGGCGUAGCCCUUUAAGACGCUGUGCAAAGACCGUUUAUCAACCGUGGCUAAUACUAAACUGCCUUGGCCCACUCCUCCGUCUUGCAGGUAAGGGGGCAAGGUCGAGGUAAUUGGAGCCAAUUUGGCUCAUUUGUAUGAUUUACAAUAAACCUCAUUUUAAUUGGCCCAGCCCUCAUUAUCUAGGCUUCUGAAAAUUGGGGGCUUGUCCGGGAUGAGGGGAGAAAAUUAGCUAUGGGCCCAUUUAAAAUGGCUCAUUUGUAUAAUUUACAAUAAACCUAAUUUUUAUUGGCCCACUCCUCAUUGUCUCGGCCUCUGAAAAGUGGGGGCUUGUCCGGGAUGAGGGGAGAAAAUAAGCAAUGGGCCCAUUUAAAAUGGCUCAUUUGUAUAAUUUACAAUAAACCUAAUUUUAAUUGGCCUAUUCCUUGUUGUCUCGGCCUCUGAAAAGUGGACGCUUGUCCGGGAUGAGGGGAUCAUAUUUAUCUAUACGCAACUUUAAAAGUCUUUCGGUGUCAAAAACCAGAGAUAAAUGAUAAUAACUUGAAUACAGAGGCAACUUGUUUUUCCAAUCUACUGAUACUUUUUGAGAAAACUGUGUCAAAGUGGGCCCCGCAUGCCUCAAUUUUACUGUAUUUUUUAAUUAUUAACAGUGUAAAUGGCGUAAUGUACAUUAAAACGGACAGUCUGAUUUUUUUAAUCACAUUUUAACUGCAAACUAGUGUAAAAAAAAAGAUAACCACUGUUGACAUCAACGUAAAUCUGACAUUUUUAAAUUAAAUUUUAACAUUAACUGUCAUACAACUGUAAAUAAUAGUUAGUCACUGUUAACAUUAAUUUAAAUGUGUUUGUCACAUGUUACAUGUCACAUGUUAACAUUAACUGUCAUACGUGUGAAAAUAGGUUAACCACCGUUAACAUACAUUUAAAUUAGAUUUUUUAAAGUCACGCUUCUUCCCACCUCCAAAGACAUGCACCUGGGGAUAGGUUGAUUGGCAACACUACAUUGGCCCUAGUGUGUGAAUGUGAGUGUGAAUGUUGUCUGUCUAUCUCUGUUGGCCCUGCGACUUGUCCAGGGUGUACCCCGCCUUUUGCCCGAUUGUAGCUGAGAUAGGCACCAGCGCCCCCCGCGACCCCAAAAGGGAAUAAGCGGUAGAAAAUGGAUGGAUGGAUUUUAACAUUGACUGUCAUAUAAGUGUAAAAAGAAGUUAACCACCGUGAAAAAAAUCCAAGCAUAUGUUGUCAGAAUAAUUGCAUCUAAGUUAUCACAAAACUUUGUGUUUCAAUGAGUUCCCGGCGAGCAGACAAAAGCUGUCUUUGAUCCUAAAGGCUUGUAAAACUACUGGGUACGAUGGGAAGCAUCAUGAAUGCGUCGGUUUCUUUCUUCUAUUGUAAUCAACAGGAAGAUUUUGUCUUGACCCGAGAAUUACAAAGCGCAGAGGAAGCAGGACAAGAUUCCUUUUCUUUGAACUGUUUUACGACCUUUUGUUUGAACAGUUUAGCGGCCAAAGGCAGCACCUGUUUACGACCCCCUUCCCUUGGAAACAGCUGUUGCCAUGUAAUCAGGUCGAAAUAAAAGAGGAGGCGUACAAUCUUUCGUCAGAUUGUGGUGAGACACUGUACAAGGGUACAGGUGUAUGCGCUCUCCUCAUUUGAGCCAAAUUUAAUUCUGUCUCUGUUUAAUUCCUUGCUUCUUGUCUUGUUUAAUAGAUGUCAUCAGUGUUUAAACCUGACUGCUCUGGUCUCACAUAAGGAUGGUCAAUGACAAAAAGCACAUCUCUUCACAAUGUGUGUGCUCAUUUCCAGUAUGACUGAUCUAAUAAUAUGGUCAGAGUUCAGAAGUGUUGCUACAGUGACGUAGCAUCGACAUAAAAUUGCUGAAUUUGUAUUUUGAAAAUAUUUUUCCACUGAAUUGCUAGUUUGGAGUCGAUAAAAGCGAUCAAAUGUAGAUCAAAAGAUGUUAAUUCUGGCUUAACAGAAGAUGUUAGCUUUCUGUUCGCGCCGACGAAGCCAAUCAGUAUCGGUGAUAUCUCAAUAAUUACGGCGAGCGUCUCACCUCUUGAGGUGCAUGUAGAUUCGCCGGAGCGUGUCGGGGUCGCUGUGGGGGUCGUGGAGCUGCACACGGCACGUGAAGCGCAGCUGAUGCUCGUUGAGUCCCAGCUCCUUCAGCGCUUGUUCCGACGACACCAGCUUGAGGCCCUGACGGCGGCACGCGCUCGUUACGUGGAGACGCAAACAUACGUGACUGGCGGGUGUGACGCUUACGUUGUCUUUCAUGAUGAGGGUUCCGUGCAUGACGCGGGGCUUUUUGGGAUCGGGUAAAGAACCUGCAAAAAAAACCAAAAAAAAAACUUGAAUUGUCUUGGAUCCAUCCAUACUUUUUUCUACCGCUUGUCCCUAUUUAUAUACAGUCGUGGUCAAAAGUUUACAUACACUUGUAAAGAACAUGAUGUCAGGGCUGUCUUGAGUUUCCAAUUAUUUUUACAACUCUAAUUUUUUGGUGAUAAAGUGAUUGGAGCA